UUUCAGUCUCUCCUCGCAGAUCCCAACUUAGAAAAGGGGAAAAUCUCUCCGCGAAGAACAUUCCAGGCCAGGGCCUCUCCAUUCCGGCCAAAGCCCAACCAAACCCUCGCACCGCCACCCCACCAUGGCCGACGGCGGCGCUCCCCUCUCCACGGCGGGCCACGGCGGGGUGGACCUCAUCAGCGACCUCAACGAUGACGUCCUCCGUGAGAUCAUCACCCGCCUCCCCCUCAUGGAAGCCGCCCGCACCGCCGUCCUCGCUUCCCGCUGGCGCUACCUCUGGCGCUCCGACCGGCUCGUCCUCAAGGACGUUGACAUCCACGAGCCCGCGCGCGACGCCGUGGUCCCCCGAGUCCUCGCCGACUACCCGGGCCACUUCCGCACCGUCAUCCUCGCCGACUGCAGGCUCGCCUCACUGGACCGUGAGCUCCCCGCCUGGCCGCGCCUCCUCGUCGACAAGCGCACGGAGGAACUCCUUCUCGCCAACAGAUGGGUCAUGGACCAGCCCAACCCCGCGCGCCUUCUUCCCGCCGACAUCCUCCGCUGCGACUCGCUCCAGGAGCUCACCCUGGACUUCUGGACGUUCCCCAGCGGCACCGAGGUCCUUCUUCCCCGCCUCCGGGCUCUCGCCAUAGUACGGAUUGUCAUAAGCGAGCAGGAGCUGGAGUGCUUGAUCGCUGCGAGCCCCGUUCUGGAGUCCCUUCGGCUCACCGUCAAUAGCUCCAAGCACGUCCGUCUCCGCAGCAAAAGCCUCAUGUGCGCGCUUGUUGGUUUGCUCAAGGUGGAGGAGUUGACCGUGGUGGACACGCCGCUCCUGGCGCGGCUUUUCUUGUUCCUGUCCCUACCGCUUAAUGGUGUGAGGAUCAGGAUCGUUUGUGCUCCCAACCUGCGGGUGCUCGGCUACCUGAACACAGGAACUCACGAGCUGCAGAUUGGUGACAGCGUCAUCAGGCCAGACAGAAUGGUGAGCACAAGCACUGUAGUUCCAAGCGUCCAGAUAUUGGCGUUGACUGUGAAUUUUGGUGUCUUCGUGGAGGUCAAGAUGCUGGCCAGCUUCCUCAGAUGCUUUCCAAACGUUGACACGCUGCAUAUCCAGUCUGUACUGCGUGGUCCAUCUGUAACUGCCAAUGAACCCAGUGGGGACCAUCAUGCCAACUUCUGGCGAGAGAUCAGUCCGAUUUGUUGCUUGAGAUCACAUGUCAAGAAGAUGGUUAUUCACAAUUUCCGAGGGGAUCAAAAUGAGUUUGAAUUCCUCAAGUUCGUCGCCAUGAAUGCAGAGGAGCUACAGUCCUUACUGGUUGCGUCGCACAAAGAUAUUUUGUCUUCAGCUGUGAAGGUGAAUGAGACAAAAGAUGAAUUGCAGCGUCUACAGUUUCCAACAGGCAUCUCUGCGGUGCUACGGGUAUCACAUAAAGCUGCCACUGUUUGGCGCUUGGGGAAAGCAUGCAUUCUUACAAUCGAUGACCCUUUCGAGUGCUGAAUCCAUGGUUAAUUCGCUGUAUGUUACAUGCUUGAUCCGUACUUUUUGAGAAAUCAUUGACUGUUCUUUGCAAGAUCUUGCUGUUUAGUUUCUUGUAGGCAUGCCUUAUCUUGAGAUAUGGCUGAGUUUUCCAACUACCAAGAGUGUGUAGGAAUUAAAGCUGGCAGAGUACUUGAGAGACUAGUGUUAUUUUCAUGUGUUUGUCUCGAUAUGACAAUAUGACAGCAAUGUGCUUCUGGAUA